AUGACAACUAAAACUAACCAACUCAACCAAAGGAAAAUCAAAACUGGACGUUUAACCGACGUCUGUGCCCAGCGGGAGGCUACAUGCCACGGCCUCCCCACCCGCGGCCUCCCCACCCGCGGCCUCCCCACCCCACGGCCUCCCCACCCGCGGCCUUCCCACCCCGCGGUCCCCCACCCGCGGCCUCCCCACCCCGCGGCCUCCCCACCCCACGGCCUCCCCACCCGGGGCCUCCCCACCCGCGGCCUCCCCACCCGAGGCCUCCCCACCCACGGCCUCCCCACCCGAGGCCUCCCCACCCGCGGCCACCCAACCCGGGGCCUCCCCACCCGCGGCCUCCCCACCCGAGGCCCCCCACCCGCGGCCACCCCACCCGGGGCCUCCCCACCCGCGGCCACCCCACCCGCGGCCUCCCCACCCGCGGCCUCCCCACCCCACGGCCUCCCCACCCGCGGCCUUCCCACCCCGCGGUCCCCCACCCGCGGCCUCCCCACCCCGCGGCCUCCCCACCCCACGGCCUCCCCACCCGCGGCCUCCCCACCCGAGGCCUCCCCACCCGAGGCCUCCCCACCCGAGGCCUCCCCACCCGCGGCCACCCAACCCGGGGCCUCCCCACCCGCGGCCUCCCCACCCGAGGCCUCCCCACCUGCGGCCACCCCACCCGCGGCCUCCCCACCCGCGGCCACCCAACCCAGGGCCUCCCCACCCGCGGCCUCCCCACCCGAGGCCUCCCCACCCGCGGCCACCCAACCCGAGGCCUCCCCACCCGAGGCCUCCCCACCCGAGGCCUCCCCACCCACGGCCCCUCCACCCACGGCCUCCCCACCCAUGGCCUCCCCACCCCGCGGCCUCCCCACCCCGCGGCCUCCCCACCUACGGCCUCCCCACCCGAGGAAGAAGAGGGGGCAGGCUGUUGCACAUGCUGAGUCCAUGCAGAGUUCCCAGUCAGAGAUUACUUUUAGUUGUAAAGAGCUUUACACUGGCGAUUACAAACACCUGGCCAUCAAACCCCCGGCCUUCAAACCCCCGGCCUUCAAACCCCCGGCCUUCAAACCCCCGGCCAUCAAACCCCCGGCCAUCAAACCCCCGGCCUUCAAACCCCCGGCCAUCAAUCACCCGGCCUUCAAACCCCCGGUCAUUAAAACCCCGGCCUUCAAUCACCCGGCCAUCAAACCCCUGGCCAUCAAACCCCUGGCCAUCAAACCCCCGGCCAUUAAACUCCCGACCUUCAAACCCCUGGCCAUCAAACACCCGGCUAUUAAACCCCCGGACAUUAAACACCCGGCCAUCGUUCUCAUCAGACAUAGCUUUCCGCUGAGACUAGUCAAUAGACUAUGUGUGACACACAUAAACACACAAGCAUGA